AUGGCCGGCAUCUACCGACGUUCGCUUGCGCGCAUCGGACGCAAGGAGAGCGAGAUCUCUGAGAUCCGCACCACACCCGCCGACGAGCUUUCCUCCUGGCUCGGCGAUGAUGUUUGCACAAAUUGCGGUGCCUCCACCCCGCACGGCAAGCUCUUCUGCUCCGAAGCCUGCAAGCUUGCCGACGCCAAGGAGGUAGCCCAGGCGUCCAUGAUCGAGAGCCUCGCUUCCCCCAUUCCAAAGUCGGACGAGUUUGCCAGGCUCGACGACGGCCUCAAGUUCCGCUACCCCUGCCCCCCUUCCCCUAGCCUGCUCGCCCAGAUGUCGGCACCGCUGCGCACCACCCACCUCACCUCGCCUGCCCUCGCCGCAUACCAGAGCUCGCUACCAGUCUCUCGAGGCCGCUACAGCCUCGCCUCCGCUGCCUCCAACGAGGCCGGCACCCAUGACGCUCGUCAAACCAAGAAGCGAAGCAGCUCUCAGUCCACCUUCUCGUCCAUCUCCGAGUCCAACGGCAGCCAGAGCGCAUUUGCAAGCACCGAUCCCUCGACGCCAUCCCCCGCUUACGGUCCCACCGAGGACGAGUCGAGCGACCUCGAUGCGCACGACUUCCAGCUCCCCCCCUCCGUCAGCACCGCCAGCGCCGUGAUGCUCCGCAAGAGCUCCAGGUCGUCCGCAUCUCAGGCCGCGCCUCGCCCCAUCACCGCCGACUCCCGCACUCCCAAGUCGCCUCUCUGGUACGCUCGUCGGCCCAGCAACACCAACUCGCGUGGAAGCUGGUACACCUCGCCCGCCAUCACCGCAACAACCAUGGUGACUGCCACCAGCCAAGACCACCGCAGCCCCACUGCCGAGCAACCCCGAUCUCCGCGCGACACCCAGGCCACCUUGACUCGCAGGGCUGCCAAGGACGUCCUCGCCCAGGCUUUCCCCUCGGUCCCCGUCUCGAGCAGCCAGUCGGCGCAAGGCGACCUCUUCACUGCUCGCCGCGCUCGCUCCGAGCAGAUCGAGACUCGAUCACCGCCUCCCGCGCAUUCCGUCGCCUCGUCUGCUGGCCGCACACUCCGCGGAGUUAGCCCGUCGAGCUCGCGAGCCUUCAGCCCUCGCAGCACCGAGCUCGGUUGCGACCGAUGCCGCACCAUCUCCAACGUCUCGGGUGACUACCAGCCCUACGGUAGCAGUCUCUCGUCUCGGUCGCGAGGCGCCUCCAAGUCGCCGCGCAUCGAAGGACUCAAGCAGUACCACAAGCACUCGCACAGUGCGGCCGCUGGCCUCUUCUUCACCCACAUGGCUUCGCGCGACUCGCUCGAGGCCGACGUGCAGGACGAGCGUCAGGGUCGCCCCACCGAGUCCUCGCGACACAGGAGCCCGCGCUCCGUCGCUGCCGACACCCAGCAGGAUGUGCGAGCCACGCCGCCGCGCGGCCGAUCCAAGGCGCGCGGCAGGAGCUCGCACCGACGCAGCCCUAGCCCUCCCCGCGCAGCUGCCCGACGCGAUUCGUCGCUAGUGGGCAAGCACGACUCUUCGCCCGCACCCAUCUCGCCACGCUCGCAGCCCAUCUCCAUCUCCAUGAUGGCUCGCGACUCGCGUCGCGCCAGCGACGACGCCGCCUACCACCACGACGAGGAGCUUCGCUCCGCACUGCCUGAACGACCAUCGCCGCUUGCCCUGAUCUCCGAGAACGAGGCGGUGGCCAAGGUCGACGUCGCUGAGCCGCUCGCAGAAGCGCGGGGUCGAACCCGGGGCCGCAGCUCGCGCCGUGGCCACGGCUCGCAGGAGCGCGGUUCCGCCUCGCGAUCUCGAUCGCGCUGGAUCCAGCCGGACUGCGAGGUCUCGUGGGCCGGCUACGGCCACCGCGCUUCGGACCGCGGCGAGGCGGAGCCCGAGCAGCAAAAGCGUCCGCUCCGCUCGCGCGCUCCCGAGUUCUCGGACCCUGGCUUCGACGACGUCGAUCUCGAGCUCGACGGCGACGACGAGCGCGAGGAGUCGCAGUCGCUCUCGUCGGGCGGCAGCUUCGGAUCGGCCGCUGCUCGUGGUCGCGCCAGCCUCCGCGCAUGA